AUGGCUACCAGUGCCUCCGGUCCCCAGAUCUUCGAUGAUGCGAACCGAUCACCCGGCAAGACGUCCAUGUUCCGGGCCAUAAUGUCGCCGAAAACCCAUAAACGAAACCAAUCGGCUGAUGAUGCCAUUGCCCCGCGGCCUCUGCAGCGAAGCAAGCCGUCCGAGAACAACACUUAUCCAUUUGGUGAGGAGUCGGCCCCCCUCGGCGGCUAUCAUCCCUUGAGUGAGAUCGUUCCAAACCGGGAUGCGGGGGAGAACGGAGUACCUGCUCCAAAGAUGAACAAAGGGCCAAAAGGGCCCAUGCAUAAAAAGACCAAGAGUGCCGUCUCCUUGAAGUCAUUGAGAAGCUACAUGGAGCGGAAAGAUGGGAAGCCGGAGGAGCCAACUGAGGAAGGAGAGGGUUUGUCUCCCAAGAAGGCUAAAUCGUCUACCAGUCUCUCAGCCAUCCUCAAACGAUCCCAGCGUGGGCGAAAGGGCGAUGGAUCGAAGCAGUCUCGCGACAAAGAAAACCGCAGCCCAACCGACCUGAUCGAUAAUAUGCCAUCCCCAGUGUGGUCUCAGGACUCAGCAUCCGUCCAUAGAGAGCCCGUCGGUCGACCGAGGCCAACCUCGACCAUUGACACGCGACGGACUGUGGCGGAGGAAGUCUCCCUUUACACGCCCAAAGGGUAUGGUCCAGCCCAGCAACGGAACUUUUAUGACUACCAUCAACCAUCUAUCGCGAAAGGGAGUGACGCGAAGCCUCGCCCGAAGUCAGACAUUCUGUCUGGCAAUCGGAGAGUGAAGGACCUCUUUGGUCUGCAGCGAGCAUCGUCGGGGGAGGGCGAGCCCGCUGGCCAAUAUGAUAAUGUUUCCACCAAGAGCCGAGGGCCCUCAAGCCCUCGGAAAACAGCUUCUCCUAUGGUGAAAGAGGAGCCCAAGCGGUUAUCUCGUGUGCAGGCCGCCAUCUCCGCGUUCAACGCAAAGGAGCGGGAUGCUGAUGUGCACCAGCAUCUGAACUCGAAGGACCUCGAGAGCGAAUUCGAAAAGUUGCUGGAUGCGAGAAACAUUCCUCAUAAUAUGCGAGAUAAGAUGCGUUCACUCGACACCAAUAUCAAGGCGGACUUUAUUCAGAAAGACCGAACGGAGAACACUCCUCUCAGCGCAGGAACCGGCGACAGCCGCCGAGGCCGUGGAAAGGAGUCGCUGGAUGGCCAAUCUCAGGAUCGGAAGGGCUCCCGCUCACGGUCUAGAAGCCGUGGCUUCACACUGACCAAAGGCCCAUCCUCGCCCGGUAAAAAGCUACGGCGGGAUAGUGAAGCCUCGAACCGUCGCCCAAAAUCGGUUGAUCUGUCCCAGCCUGUCGGUGUCUACACGACACUCUCAGCUGCAGGUUCUACUGCGUCCCUUUCUGAGGCUGCAGCGGUUGAUACUGCGGCAGAUCCCUCUGACUUUGUGCACUACCUGCGAGAGAUCCAGAAGCCCGAGAUGGUUGAAGUUGGAAAGGUGCAUAAAUUGCGCCUUCUUCUUCGCAACGAAACCGUCAACUGGGUUAAUGGAUUCAUCAUCGAGGGAGGCAUGGACGAGAUUGUGCAGCUUCUCUACCGCAUUAUGAACAUGACCUGGAGAGAGGACCACGAGGACACACUUCUGCACGAGGCAUUGCUUUGUCUGAAGGCUCUUUGCACGACAUCUGUCGCGCUGGCCCACCUCUCUUCUAUCGAGGAUGAGCUGUUCCCCGCCUUGCUCAAGAUGCUUUUUGACGAGGAGAAGAAGGGCCCUAGCGAGUUCACCACCAGAGGCAUCAUUGCCAAUCUACUCUUCACCCAGCUUUCUACCGCCCCUGCUGGUGAUAUGGCAGUGAAGCGCACCAGGCAGAUCCUCGGCUACUUGCAGGACCCAGCGCCACCAGAAGACAACCAACCACUGUCCUUCAUCGCUAAUAUCUACCAGUCACGGCCAUACCGUGUGUGGUGUAAGGAGGUCACCAACGUUACUAAGGAGGUGUUUUGGAUCUUCCUUCAUCAUCUGAAUGUCAUUCCCCUCCCCAAGACGGAGGACUUGUUCGGUGAAAAGCCACCAGAAGACACUCGCCCUUAUGUUGAACGUCACUUCCCACCCCCUCGCCCCCCAGUUCCAGCUGCCCCAUACGUUGGCGGCGUCGAGUGGGAUGCGACAAACUAUCUUGCCGCGCACCUCGAUCUUGUGAACGGCCUGAUUGCCUCCCUUCCUACCUCAGACGAGCGUAACAAACUCCGCGCUGAGCUCCGCUCCUCCGGCUUCGAGAAAGUCAUGGGCGGCAGCCUGCGUACUUGCAAGGAGAAGUUCUAUUCCUCCGUGCAUGACUGUCUGCGCACCUGGGUUGCCGCUGCCGCAGAUGAUGGCUGGCCAUACACCUUCGUGCGCGAAGGCCCGCCUCGGGCAGGCGAGCCUGGCUCCCCAACCAAAUCCCCCAAGAAGUCGGCACCUGGCAGCCCAAAAAAGGGCCUAGUCGAUGAGCGUCCACCCAAGCUCGAGCUUGCGCUCGACUUCUCCGACAACCGUCCAGCUCCAGGCCCGACCACCCCGUCGAGCGACCUGCGCAGCUGGCUCUAA